UUAUAAAAAUGGACGAAAUCCUUGAAUUAUAACGUUAAUUGGCACAAAUCUAAGAGCAAACGACUUAAAAUAAAUUUUCUGACCGGGUAAUUGUAGAUUUAAUAAAUAAAUUAAUCUAAGAGUACAAUUUAACAUUAAUAUAUAGCUCAGACGGUCAAGAAUAUAUGACUCCUGAACAUUUAGAUAAUCAAAUACAAUAGUUAACAUAAGAAAAGGGCGUAUAAACAUUGUAGACUAUCCACAAUUAUUAAAUGUUAAUUCUGAAAUAAUCGAAAGUCGUUUACCUAAAGUAUUAAAGAAAAACAAACGAGAACUCCUAAGAUUAGAAAACGAAAUAAUAACAAGUGCAUAUUUAAACUAAAUAUGUGAAGAUAUAAAUGAAGAUUUACAGUAAAGAUCGUAAAUACUGCUUACAGAAAUAAGCCAAAAUAUAUAAUUUAACUAUGCAAUUUAUAAAAGAUCAACUAUAAAGCAGAAUUGACCAAAGAAUAAUCGAUGGAAACAUUGUUGGAGGGGAAAAAAUAUGUACUUCAACCUUUCAAUUAUUGAUGAAAGCAAAAUUAAGAGGAUCACUUCGUGCAGCCACAAAGCCAAUAGUUUUGGGAAAUUUAAGUAAAGAAUUCGGCAUUGAAAAUAAGGUUUUAUAAGAAAUAAUUGAAGAGUUAAUAAACUAAGAGUAUAUAGAAGGGAAAAUACACACAGGAAGUUUUAUCCCUUAAAAGUUUUAAAAAAAUCAAGAAAACAUCAUCAGAAAUUUUCUCAAACAAAAUAACUAUAUAGAAUAUUCGAUGCUAUAAAAAUAAUUAUACGUCCAAAAACCAUAAGAUACUCUUAAAAAUAUGUUUAAAGAUCAAUGUGUAUUAUUAGAAGACUGUGCUUUUUUUAAAGACUCAUUAAAUUAACUAUAAGAAUAAAUCCAUAAUUUGUUAAUAGAGGAAGGAUAUACAGAUUUAGUUUUUAUGUUCCCUACAAUAAUUACUAAAGGAGAUAUUGAUAGUAUUAUUUUUAAACAUAUGAAACUUACUGAAGUGGAAAUCGAUGAGACAUAUAUUUUCUCACAUAAGUUUAUUGAAAAAUGCGUCAAUAAUCUAAAAUAACAUAUAAUAAACGAACUUUAAUAAAACCCAUAAAAAAUAGUCUAAUAAUAAUAAGAAGAUAAUUUUUCUGAAGAAGAAGAAGAGGAGAAUUUUCGUAAAGGGAAAAAAAAAUAACAAAAUUAAAAAAAAUAGCCGAAUACUAAUAAAAAUAAAUCCUCUUAAAAUAAAAAAGAUACAUAUAAUAACAUUUUCAGUUAAUAGGAAUUUAUUUAAAAAUUGUAAGAACAAAACGUCCUUCCAAAAAACGAAAAAGAUGAAAUCUUCGAAAAAAAAUUGUUUAAAGUUUCUUAAAACCAACUCCAAAAACACAUCGAAACUCUCCGAAAAGAGCUCUUAGAUAAGAAAAAAUCAGGUUCAUCUGAAGCUAUUUAAUAACUAAUUUAAUUAAUUGAAGAAAGCGUUACUUUUAUUUAAUUUAGUUUAAAUAGUAUAAAAUCAUUUGAAAAUAAUCAUUCUGAUAUCAACUUAAAGAUAUUCUAUGAUAAUAUACAUUAUACUAAUAGAAUGCUAAUUGAAAACAUAAUAGUACUUUUAUGUAAAAAAUUAUCUAUUUCACUCCCUUAGGGCCUUUUUAUUAAAAAAGAAUACGAAAAUCCAAAAAAAAAUGUAUAAAUAGGCUUUGUGGUCCUAAAGAAAAUUUUCAAAGACAAAAAAAUGUUAUAAGAAGCUAUAUCUUUAUUGCCAAAAGAAUAUUCUUAAUUUUUAGGAAAAGCGUUCGAAUUUUACUCUUCUAAAUCAGUAAAUAAUUUAUUCAACUUUUUAAUGGAAAACUAAAAUUUGAUAGGGAUUAGAGUUAUUUUUGAUAAAAAAGUUGAAAAAGGAAUAAUUUAGAGUCUUAAGUAUUUCUAUAAAGAUCUUAUUAAAAAAGAUAGACUGGACUUCAAAUAAAAUAUUUUAAGAACUUCUAUUUUCAUUUUAAUUGAUAAAUUUAAUCUUUUCUAUAUAGGAUCUUAAGAUGAAAAUAAUGCAAAUAUUUUAUAUAGUAUUUUAUUAAGUUUGGCUAAAGAAAACACAUAAGAAGAGAUUUAUAAUACAUUGAAAAAGUCUUUGGAUUGUUUAGAGGUUAUUAAAUAGGAAUAAAAAGAUGCAAAUGAUAUUAGAUAAUUUGAAAAUUCAGUAAUUGAACUUAUUAAAAUCGCUAAGCUUUGAUUUAAUUAAAUUUUUUUUUUAAUUUAAUAAAAAAUGAAAUAUUUUUUUAAUUUUUUAUACAUAAAAAUGAAUAUAUUUAUUUUUUAUUACAAAAAAUGAUUUUGUU